AUGGUUCCUGUAGACAGUUCAGGCGACUUCAAACAUAGGAGCCGUCUCAUCGUUCAAAUCACCAUACAUAUUUUUCUUUUUGUGCGAAUCGCGCGCAUGAGGUUUAUGUUUCCCCGCAGUGCCUCCCUCGCCGACCCUAUUCCCAAAAGGGGCGCGAUCUGCAAUGUGCAUGCUGCAGCACGUUGUGUCAACAUAAUCAUCACCAACCCGGAAUUACGAGAUAGCGAGGCAGGUAAUACUCUAAUAUCCCUGUACUCUAGAGUAGACAGGCGCAUUAAGCAUAUCAUAUCGUUUGUCACACUAUUUGGCAGUGACCUACCUCCGCCAAUGAUAUUGAAUGAGACUGACGUGUCGCAAAUCCUCUGGGAAGAGGCUUUCUCUGCUUCUUGUCUUGGCACCUUUGAGACAUGUUAUAUAAUCAGAAACACCUCUCCAAUCCAGCAGGCAUCAUGCUUGCCAGGGACCACGACUUUCAUUCUCAUAAGCCUCAAGGUUCGCUCCAAGCCGAUAUCCCCCAGAACAGUACAUACAUAUAGUCGAUCUUUUAGGACAUCACUCGGGUUUCCUUUUGUGAAUAUUUUGAGAUUAUCCGUACUAUGUACAUUCCCUAAUCCAAGUUGA